AUGUGUCAUAGUUUGCUGGUCUUCGCAGUUCUCCUGGCGGCGGUGACGGCAGGUAUAAUUGAAUUUAAAUUGUAUUUGCACGUUUUAUUGCAGGAAAGUGUGAUCAGAAAAUACCAGUACCCCUACGAAUCCCACCAUGUAGUGACGGAAGAUGGAUAUAUCCUGGGAGCCGUCCGUAUCCCCCAUGGGAGGGAUCAGAACAACCAGCCAGGCUCCAAGCCAGUGGUCCUGAUAUUGCACGGGCUCCUCUCUUCUUGUGCUGACUUUGUGCUGUUGGGACCUGGUCAUGCUUUAUGUAAGAUCAAAAUAUCUCUUCCAGCUUACAUGCUUGCCGAAGAAGGUUACGACGUGUGGCUUCUAAACUCUCGUGGCAACUUCCACUCCAGAAAUCACACGACUUUGGACCCUAACAGGCGAGGGGACCCCUCCUUCUGGGCGUUCAGUUGGGAAGAAAUUGGCCGAUUCGACCUUCCAGCAUACAUCGACUACAUCUUAGAGGUCACGGGACAAGAGAAGUUUCACUUCAUUGGUCAUUCCCAAGGAGCGACUUCAUUCUUAGUCGGCAUGUCGAUGAGACCUGAAUAUAAUGAGAAGAUCAUCUCCUUCCAAGGUUUAGCUCCUGCAGCUUUCUUUCACAAUAAUAGGAAUCCGGUCUUUCUUAACGUUGCUCCGUUUGAAAGGGUUUUAGAAGUAAGUGGAUUUAAAUUGUAUACUUCUGAAACACAAUUUAAUAAGACUUUGAAAUUUCAUCGAAGUCAUUGCAGCCAUUGCCGAAUUGUAGGUACACAGUCACUCGCUGGUCAGCUAGGCAUCCACGAAAUCUUGGGCAGGAACGACGCGCUCACGCCACUGCUCAUGCAAGUGUGCCGUGACGGGCUCUUCACACAAACGCUCUGCAAGCUGCUCGUCCAAUACGACCGGAAUGAUGGGAUUUUCAACACGACGAUGUUCCCAGCAUUCCUUGGCCACGCCCCGUCUGGCUCAUCAAUACGUCAACUCACGCAUUACGGCCAAAACAUCAGAUUCGGCACUUUCAGCCGUUUCCACUAUGGUUACAUCCAGAACCUGAUCACCUACGGCAGGAUAGACCCUCCCCCGUUCAACUUGAAUCUAAUAACCGCUAGAUCGUACUUGCACUAUGCUCUCAGUGAUUUAGAGGCUGACUAUAGGGACGUUAUGCUGCUAGAAGAGCUGCUGCCGAAUGCAAGGGCCAUUCAAGUGCCGAGGGCUGGCUUCACUCAUAUAGAGUUUAUUUGGGGUAUGGAUGCUAGGGAGCAAGUGUAUGAGACGGCUCUUCAAAUGAUGAGGGAGGCGGAGAGUUUACAAUAAACGUUUUUUCUAGUUUUUAAUUG